AUGCCACUUGGCACAAAGAUCUUUCUCCCUUUGGGCGGACGCCUCGGCAUCCGUUCGUUCUCAUCCUCCCGCGCCCGCUGGGAGUCCGCCGUGCCGCUCCCGUCAAGCAAGCCUGUUGGAGCUUUCCGAGGGGGUGUUUUCGGGUUCCUGACUGGAUCUGUCGCCGCCGGCGCGUCGGUGUACUAUUACAUCUUAGCUGAGUACCGAGUCGCCAAUGAGAUGUUGUCUGAUGACAUUUCGGCACUUCAAAAGGCUACUAUCAAGCUCCAGUCAUACAUUACAGAACUAGAGGGCAGAGUUGACCAACUGCACAAAAAGAAAUAA